GUUUUUGUAAUUUAUAUCUAAUAAGACUUAUAAUGAAAAAGAAAAUAAUGUUUAUUGUGCCUCCACAAUUAAAAUUAAAUACAACAGAUAGUGAAGAAACAAGGGAAGGAUGUUAAUGUUAAAAAACAAAAUGUUUAAAAUUGUACUGUUAAUGUUUUCAUGAAGGCAAAUGUUGUGGAUAAUAAUGUGGUUGUAGUGAUUGUAAAAAUAGUUUAACUGAUAAUUUUGAAAGAAAUAAAGCUAUUGUGAAGAUUAUUCAUAAGUAUAAAAACGAAUAUAAAUAAAAAUUAUCAGGCGAUAAAGGUUAAGGUUGUUGUUGUAAAAAAAGCAAAUGUAAAUUGAACUAUUGUGAAUGUUUUGUUAAAGGUAAAUCAUGUGGUGAAUAAUGUAAUUGCAAGAAAUGUGAAAAUGGAAAGAAAUAAUAUAAAUAAAACUGCAAUAAUAGAGAGGAAGAGAUUUAAAAUUGUUUAUAAAAUUAAUCAAUCUGA